AUGGCACGUAAUGUAUCAUACAUGCUUAAUUUGUAUCAUACAAGCAAGUAUGUGAUAGAGAAUGGUAGCAUCAACACUUUUUCGAAUAUGCCGGAUGAUGGUUUGUUUGUUGAGGAAAGGUUGUCAUAUGAGGGAUUGAUUAGUAAGAUUUGUAUGACACUUGGUUGGGAUCCAGCACACGUGAAACUCUACCUUUCUUUGAUUUUCGAUAGUCCCAGUGGUAGGUAUGUAGUGAAGAUCAAGAAUGAUUCGCAUGUAGAGUUCAUGAAUCGUGUAGAUCCAAUGUCAUGUUUGGAUUUAUACAUAGAUUUGGAAGAUAUCACUCAAGAAGAAAGAGAAGCGAGUUUGGAAAACGUGUCAUUUGGUGGUUUUCAAAGGGGGGAACGUGCUAGUACUUCUCGAAACCGUGAUGAAGAGGAGACACCUUUAUUUGCACAAGAUGACUACCGGGAAGAGUCGGAUUCCGACUACAUAGCUCCAAGUGAAAGCGAAGAAGACUGUGAUGUCUUCGGAGAGAGUGAUUUUGAAGAAAGUGAUGAUGAAAGGUUGGAAAAUGAGGAAAUGGAUUGUAAUCCAUUGCCUUGA